CACAUUGGUUUGUUCCUCUGAUUUGCUAGGGUUUGGGGGGCGCGGUUGAUGUGAAAUUUCGAAACUUUCUUUCUUGGAUCGAGCACGAUGAUGAGCGCUGCGAAGCUGGCCGCCGCUGAUCGGAGUAUGGCGCGUGAGCUAGCGAUCGCGGAGGCGCCGCCGUGCAGGAGGUGCUUCCCACCGCCGAGAAAUGUCCAUUCGAUCAUCUCUUGCAGCUUGUCGGUGCGAAGGCGCCAGAGAUCAGCGGCGCUGGUCGUCUCUUCCUCUCAAUUCUCUCAUGAAUCCAGGCACAGGAAUAGGAGGAAAGACAGCCAGAUUGCAGAGGUCAAUGCUAGCUAUGCCGAUUCUCAUUUGAUAGACGAGGAGGAGAUUCUCAUGGCCGGGCGAUCCAUUUCCAGGAGAAGCUUUAAGAUCAUCACUGCCGGCAUUCUCACCGUGGUUCUGGCCGUGAGUAACAAGGUCCUCUACAAGAUGGCUCUAAUUCCGCUUAGGGAGUACCCAUUCUUCUUGGCACAAGUGAACACGUUUGGGUACGUGCUAGUUUAUUCGUCGAUACUACUCGCCCGAUAUCGCUCGGGAGCUGUGACAGCCAAAAUGCUGGCUCUCCCAAAGUCUUGGUUUAUAGUUUUGGGAGCGCUGGAAGCACUUGGCCUUGCUACAGGGAUGGCGGCCGCAGCCGUGCUUUCUGGAGCGAUUAUCCCUGUCUUGGCGCAGGCUUAUUUAGUUUGGCAACUUCUACUGUCUUCCGCGUUUUUAAAGAAGAAGUACACAUUCGGUCAAAUUUUUGGCUGUCUUCUCGUGCUUGCUGGUGUUAUUCUUGUCGUUUCAAGUGGAGCAGGAAGCGAAUCGGCAGUGCAAAGUGCCGGAUACUUUUGGCCUCUCGUGAUGGUCGUAUCAUCUGGAUUUUCUGCCGGUGGUUCUAUCAUCAAGGAAUUUUUGUUUCGGAACGCUGCGCACCAUUCAGAAGGAAGAUCCGUGGAUUUGUUUGUUGUGAACACUUUGGGCUCAAGCUUCCAGGCACUGUUCGUGUUUCUGCUGCUCCCGGUGCUUUCGAACAUGCGGGGAAUUCCUUUCAGCCAACUUCCACAAUACUUGCUUGAUGGAUCGGCUUGUUUCUUCAACAUUGGCGGCAGUGGUUGCCAUGGCGCACCUUUGAUACCUUUGCUCUAUGUCGCUGUCAACCUGGCUUUCAACAUUUCGGCUCUCAAUCUUCUGAAACUGUCGUCGGCCGUGGUUUCAUCUUUGUGCACAACUCUCGCAGUGCCAGCGUCGAUUUGGAUGUUCACGCUACCACUUCCGUUGCUGGGUCACCCGGCUUCAAUCACUCCAGGCCUGUAUAGAGGAGCUACAACUCUCGUGCUGGGCUUGGUUGUAUAUAAUUUUUUUGCGGUAGACAGGAAGAAUAAAGAGCAGUAACAGAAGUUGCGCUCCCUCUCAAAGUCGUUUCAAUUUAGAACUUCGUUUCUAGGGCU